AUGCCGGGGUGCGCGGCAGGCGCUGAGCCCCUUCCCUGCCGCCUCCCCUCGAGGGGCAGCCCGGGCCCCGGCCCAGCAGCCCGGAGGGACCCAGCUCCCCGCGGGGGAACCGCCCGCAGCGGCCGAGAGGGGCCUGUGGCCGGGGGAAGCCGGGCGAGGAGCAGGGCUGGGGCUGGUCCUGAACGCCUGUGGUUUGCCUUCGUGUUAAACCUCGAACAGGAUCGCUCCGCAGCGUGCGGGGCUUUGGGCUGCAGCGGAAAGGUUGGCGAGGCCGGGCUCACCCGAGCGCAGGAGAGGAGCGGCCCGGGGGGCGCAGUGCGAGCGGGACACGCGUCCGCCAGAGCGGCCCUGUGUCCGAGGAGGGCCGCGGUGCCCCCGGGCAUGGCCCUGACCCCGCGGGACGGCAUCCGCGUGUUCCAUGACUUGGAGCUGGCGCGGAUCCAUAUCAUGCAAGAAGAAGGGCAAGGAAAGAGUGCGGGAAGCAAGGCGACAGAGAAACCAGCAGACACACUCCUGAUGGAGGUACAAAUUAGGCAUAUGUUGUUCCCUCAACUGAGCCCAUCUGAAGAGGGGGAAGGAAAGGAAGUUUUUUCCACUGUUGGGGAAGCAAAGAGUCAGAGCUGCAAAGGGGGUGAUGAUUUGUCUGACUUAUUCAAUGGAAGUAAAGAGCAGGAAUAUCCAACUGCAUCAGAACAAACAGCUGUAAGAAAUCUCAAGAAUCUAAAAUUUGAGGCUUGUGCUCCACAUCAGGAUAAAGGAGAAAAAGAAUUCAACUGUUUUUUCUGCCCAUUCACCUCAGCCAAGCUGUCGAGUCUCAGGCGUCAUUUGAAAAUCCAUUCGGAUGAGAAACGUCACGUGUGUCACCUCUGCCCGAAGGCCUUCCGCACAGCAGCUCUGCUGCACAACCAUGUGAACACACAUACAGGGAACAAACCCCAUAAAUGCAGUGAGUGUGACACAGCCUUUGUGACUCGGGGGGAGCUUGCACGACACAGGAGGUACAAGCACACUUUGGAGAAGCCUUUCAAGUGCACAAUAUGUGACUACUCCAGUGUAGAAGCCAGCAAGAUGAGACGCCACGUGCGCUCGCACACCGGAGAGCGGCCCUACCCCUGUCACCUGUGCAGCUAUGCCAGCAAAGAUGCCUGCAAACUGAAAAGGCACAUGUUAACUCACACAGGUGAAAAACGCUAUGAAUGUUACGUUUGCCAAGCCAGAUUCACUCAGAGUGGUACCAUGAAAAUCCAUGUGUUACAGAAACAUGGAGAAAAUGUGCCAAAACACCAAUGUCCACAUUGUAGUACUUUCCUUUCCCGAAAAAGUGACUUGGGUGUCCACCUGAGGAAUCUGCAUUCCUACAUGGAAGAGGCAGUGAAGUGCAGGGACUGUGAGGCAGCUUUCCACGAGCGCUACGCCUUCCUUCAGCACAGGAAGACUCACAGGAGAGAGAAAAGCUUCAGGUGUGCCCAGGUGUGCACAUGUAACCAGAGUAAUAUGUGUAAGCGUGCUGAAAACUGUGGAUUGGUGAAGGCAAAAACUGCUGCACCCAGAAAAGGAAUCAAAGGCAAAAAUAAAAUCCAUGAGAAUCCAAAGUGUUCUAAGCCAGAAGUUGGCCUGAAAUUCUUCCCAGGUGACUCUACUGCGAAAAAUGAACGUUGUGCCAGUGAGAUUGUUCCUGUUUCAGAUGGGGCAGAAACAACAACUCCAGGGGAGCACAGAGCAGAAGCAACUCAUUAA